GUGAUACGUGAGGCCACUCUGGAGGAUGCGGAGGUCAUGUUCAAGGUGCCAGUGAACGUUGUCAUCCACGGUCCCAAAAAACCCCACACAGACGCUAGCUCCUGGAAUCACGUUGGCCUUCUUAGACAGUUUCCCUUCUCCUCCGCAAACCAACGGCAGACUGUGGUCGUCCAGUCGGCGGUGGGACCGCCAUUCAGUGUCCACGACCCAACUGCCGGUGUUAUAUCGGUCUUUUGCAAGGGUUCUCCGGAGGCCUUGAUGAAACUCUGUCGGCCGGAUACUCUACCAGCUGGCUAUGAUACCGCCCUCCGCCACUUCACAGGUCAACGGUAG